UUAGAAAGGGGUUUUUAAAAAUGUUAUUUUUGGGGCAAAUAAGGCAUUAACGAAAAUAUAGGGUCGAACUGUAGUUUCACAUAUGUAACUCCACAUUCAGAAAAAGAAAAGAAAAAAGAAUUACCUUUUAAGUUCUGACCGUUCCGUUGCUUUUUCCUAUUUUAUUGGGGAUAAUUGCGUAACACAAAAAAGGAAAUAAUAAAAAUAGAAAAGCUAACAAAAAUUAGAAAGCAAAAAAAAAAAAAAGAAGCACAGACAAAAACAAAAAGAUCUGAAAAACACGGAGGCGCGGUAACGUGUGUGCCCUCAACUCCAGCACCACGCAGGGCGAAGAAGACGAAGAGCGACAGCGACCUAACGACGCCGUUUCACCACCGCCAUUGGAUCUCCUCAUAUUUCCGCCUGUACUCAUAAACCCUAAUCUCUCGUAUUUGGUUUUCAGAAUCACCGCAUUUAGUCAUAAUUAUCCUUGACCGUCAUCUGCACUAGUUGAUCAAUGAGAAUUUACUCGAAAUUUGGACAAAUAUUGACGAAUCGGAGCUGAGCAUCGAGCUAUGGAGUCGUUGGUGGAGCUAUGUGAUUUAAUCGCGCAAAAUCCGACUCAAUUUCCUCAGAAAAUCGCAUGGAUUUGCAGCCGCUGCCCGCCGGCGGAGUCUCUGUUGACCGGAUCGCCUGUGGUUUCGAGGUCUCAGCUCCAUGCCAUACUCGCGGUCGCGCGAUUCCUCUCCAAAUGCCCGAAUUCCGACCACGAAACCCCCAAAUCGCUGCUCCUGGCUUUUUACCGCUCAAUUCCUUCGUCCUUUAAUCUCAAUUUCUGGCCGCAGGCGUAUUCCUCUGAGGCAAUUUCUUCAUUCUUCAACGAUUUAUUGAGCUAUAUUUCAAAAGCGGCAGAAUUGUCCCCUGAUUUUGCUAGCGAUGUGGCAAGAUUCACUGGGGAAGUUGUGAUUCAGACGAUAAGCAAUGCCGUUUCUAGUGUUUCUAGGGUUUUCUUAGAUGCACUGUGUUCAAAUUUCCCUCCAAUUCUACCUUCUGAUGCUAAUAGAUUGGUUUCUAUUCUUCUUGAUCGGUUGGAUGUUGUGGUUCCAAGCUCUCCAAGGGAGGCAAUUUCGAAUACCCCUGACGCGACUUCGGCUCAGAGCUCUCCCUUGAGUGUGAACCAUUACCAGUCUCCUGGUGUUGAGGGCAGCAUUGUUUCGACGGAGUCGACUAGCAGUGCGGCUACAAAGGACGAUGCAUCAUCUUCAAGGGGGAUUGUAGUGAAUGGUGGUGGGAGCAUUGCAUGGAAAAGCAAUGGUGAUUUGUUUGGUGCAAGUCUUGGGCUCAAUGACGGUGAGGCUUAUAAGAAGGUUGUAACUCUGUUUGAGGAGGAGUCGGUGGAGAGUCUUGAAAAACAAGAUAUUGUGUUCAAGUUAAUUGGACAUGUAUUUAGUAAGGUGGCUGUUGAGCCCCAGCUUAUGGAGCAAGUGCGAGGAAUUGCUAAGGAUCAACUCCAUUCGAUGCUUGCUUUUUUAAAGAUAAGGAAACGCGAUUGGUCCGAGCAAGGGCAGUUUCUGAAAGUUAGGAUCAAUAAGAAGCUAUCGGUGUACCAAUCUGCUGCUAGAUUGCAAAUCAAGACUCUAUCAUAUCUUGACACAGAAGGAAAGUCAUCAAAGAGACUGUUGCAUGGAGCUGUUGCAUUGUUGAUAGAGUCUGCAGAAGCAUGCUUGUUCUCUGUGUGGCGUAAGUUGAGAGCUUGUGAAGAGCUUUUUGGCUGUUUGCUUUCCGGGGUAUCUCAAGCAGCUGUGACUAGAGGUGGGCAGCUCCUCAGGGUUCUGCUCAUUCGGUUCAAACCCCUUGUGCUGGCUACUUGUGCUCAGGCUGACAGUUCAACGACGAACCAGGGAUCCAUGUUCGAAAGUGUCCUGAAAACAUGUUGUGAGAUAAUUGAAUUUGGAUGGACCAAGGACCGGUCUCCAGUAGACACCUUUAUCAUGGGAUUAGCUACUAGUAUUCGUGAACGAAAUGAUUAUGAGGAAGAGGAUGGAAAAGAGAAGCAGGCAGCCCCUCCUAUUCAGCUGAAUAUCAUACGUUUAUUAUCUGAGUUGAAUGUUUCUGUUCGGAAGCCUGAAGUCGUUGACAUGAUAUUACCCCUAUUUAUUGAGAGUUUGGAAGAGGGUGAUGCGUCAACUCCAGGAUUAUUGAGACUUCGGCUUCUUGAUGCUGUUGCUCGGAUGGCGAGUUUAGGUUUUGAAAAGUCAUACCGUGAAGCUGUGGUCUUAAUGACUCGGAGCUAUUUAGGUAAACUAUCUGGUAUUGGUUCUGCUGAAAGUAAAACCCAGGCACCUGAAGUCACAACCGAACGCAUUGAGACUUUACCUGCAGGAUUUUUGUUGAUCGCUAGUGGAAUUACGUGUAAUAAAUUGCGUCCAGAUUACCGUCACCGCUUGCUGUCACUGUGCUCAGAUGUGGGCUUGGCAGCUGAAUCAAAAAGUGGAAGGAGUGGGGCAGAUUUUCUUGGGCCUCUUCUGCCUGCCGUAGCUGAAAUAUGUUCUGAUUUCGACCCCAGUGUAGAUGUAGAACCUUCACUUUUGAAGUUAUUUCGGAAUUUGUGGUUCUAUAUUGCUCUCUUUGGGUUAGCACCUCCAAUACAGAAAACUCCGGCUACAGCAAAGUCAGUUUCAACUACACUAAAUAGUGUUGGCAGCAUGGGCAACAUUCCCCUCCAAGCUGUGGGUGGACCAUACAUGUGGAAUUCGCUAUGGUCAUCUGCUGUUCAGCGCAUUUCUCAAGGGACGCCACCUCUUGUUGUGAGCUCUGUAAAAUGGCUUGAAGAUGAGUUGGAGCUCAAUGCUCUUCACAACCCAGGCAGUAAACGAGGAAGUGGAAAUGAAAAAGCUGCUGUAACCCAAAGAACUGCCCUUUCUGCUGCUUUAGGAGGACGGGUGGAGGUUUCUGCAAUGAGUACAAUUUCAGGCGUCAAAGCAACCUAUCUAUUAGCUGUAGCGUUUUUGGAGAUAAUACGAUUUAGUAGCAACGGUGGUAUUCUAAAUGGAGGCCCAACUUCAACUGCUUCUCGAAGUGCAUUCAGUUGUGCAUUUGAAUACCUAAGAAGUCCUAAUCUUAUGCCAGCUGUUUCCCAGUGUUUGACUGCUAUUGUCCAUCGGGCAUUUGAAACAGCAGUAACUUGGCUGGAGGAUCGGGCAUCAGAUACUGGGCCAGAAGCUGCUGCUAGAGAGUCUACUCUCUCUGUCCAUGCAUGUUUCCUCAUAAAAAACUUGUCUCAAAGGGAUGAUAAUGUACGAGAUAUCUCUGUUAGUUUGCUAACUCAGCUUAGAGAUAAAUUUCCUCAGAUCUUGUGGAACUCGUUAUGUCUGGAUUCCCUGUUACUCUCAAUGCAUAAUGAUCCACCUUCUGCUGUAGUAAGCGACCCUGCUUUUGUUGCCAACGUUCGCUCUUUGUAUCAAAAGGUUGUUCGGGAAUGGAUUGUUGUCUCACUUUCAUAUGCUCCAUGCACUAGCCAGGGUCUUCUUCAGGAAAACCUUUGCAAAGCUAAUACAUGGCAAAGAACACAGCCUACAGCUGACGUCGUUUCUCUUUUGUCUGAGAUAAGGAUUGGAACGGGUAAAAAUGAUUGUUGGAAUGGUACAAAAACUGCAAAUAUCCCUGCAGUCAUGGCUGCUGCUGCUGCUGCUUCAGGAGGAAACUUGAAAUUGACUGACGCAUUCAAUUUGGAGGUUCUUGGUACUGGUAUGGUUAGUGCAACAGCAAAAUGUAACCAUGCUGGAGAAAUUGCAGGGAUGAGAAGGUUGUAUGAGAGUAUUGGUGGUCUUAAUCAAUCUACCGGUGGUCUAGAUCUGGACCUUCCAGUUCUGGGGUCCUCCACACAAUCACCACAACCCAAAAAUGAAUCCUUCAAUGAGAUAUUGCUUUCCAAAUUUGUGAGGUUGCUUCAGAAGUUUGUAAACAUUGCAGAGAAAGGGGACGAAGUAGACAAAUCAUCUUUUCGUGAAACUUGUUCUCAAGCUACAGCCUUGCUCCUCUCAAAUCUGGAUUCAGAUUCAAAACCAAACACUGAGAGCUUUUCGCAACUUCUACGCCUUCUUUGCUGGUGUCCAGCUUACAUAUCCACACCUGAAGCCGUGGAGACUGGAGUGUAUAUCUGGACAUGGUUAGUUUCUGCUGCUCCUCAGUUGGGAUCUCUUGUUCUUGCUGAGCUGGUAGAUGCAUGGUUAUGGACAAUAGACACAAAGCGAGGUCUUUUUGCAUCUGAUGCGAAGUGCUGUGGACCUUCUGCAAAAUUGAGGCCCCACCUUGCUCCUGGAGAGCCUCAGCCGCAGCCUGAGAAGGAUCCUGUUGAACAGAUAAUGGCUCAUAGGCUGUGGCUUGGAUUUUUUAUUGAUCGCUUUGAAGUAGUUCGACAUGAUAGCGUUGAACAGCUCUUGCUACUAGGUCGGAUGUUACAAGGCACAACAAAACUCCCAUGGAACUUUUCACGGCAUCCGGUUGCCACAGGAACUUUCUUUACUAUCAUGCUUUUUGGCCUGAAAUUUUGCUCAUGCCAAACGCAAGGGAACCUUCAGAACUUCCGAUCAGGACUUCAGUUGCUCGAAGAUAGGAUAUAUAGGGCCUCCUUAGGGUGGUUUGCUCGUGUACCUGAAUGGUAUGAUUUAAAUAACAAUAAUUUUGCUCAGAGUGAAGCUCAAUCUGUUUCAGUAUUCGUCCACCAUCUUUUAAAUGAAAAGGUGGACACAGCUCAACUUGAUCAGAAAUCACGGGGCGUUGAAAAUGGUAGUUCUUUAAAUGAUAUGAAGGAUCAAUAUCAUCCUGUUUGGGGUCUGAUGGAGAACUACGCUGUUGGACGGGAAAAGCGGAGGCAGCUGCUGCUUAUGCUGUGCCAGCAUGAGGCAGACAGGCUUGAGGUUUGGGCUCAACCAGUUGGUCCAAAGGAAAGUACUUCUCGGCUUAAAAUUAGCUCGGAGAGAUGGAUUGAAUUUGCAAGGACUGCCUUUUCUGUGGAUCCUUCAAUUGCUCUAUCAAUGGCUGCAAGAUUUCCAGCUAAUUCUGCUCUGAAGGGUGAAAUCACACUUCUAGUUCAAUCGAGUAUAUUGGAGAUACGCAGCAUUCCUGAAGCUUUACCUUAUUUUAUAACACCCAAAGCGGUGGAUGAGAAUUCAACACUUUUGCAACAGUUGCCUCACUGGGCAGCUUGUUCGGUCACACAAGCUUUGGAGUUCCUUACUCCGGCGUAUAAAGGUCACCCUCGCGUAAUGGCUUAUGUUCUCAGGGUUUUGGAAUCUUAUCCGCCUGAGAAAGUGACAUUCUUCAUGCCUCAGCUGGUUCAGGCACUAAGAUAUGAUGAAGGGAGGUUGGUUGAAGGAUACUUGCUUAGAGCUGCACAAAGGAGUGAUAUAUUUGCCCAUAUAUUAAUAUGGCAUUUACAGGGCGAGACUUCUGAUCCUGAAUCGGAGAAAGAUGGUGCACCAUCUGUCACGAAUACCUCAUUUCAAGAACUACUUCCUGCUGUUAGACAAAAAAUUAUUGAUGGUUUCAGUCCUAAAGCCCUCGACAUUUUUCAAAGAGAAUUUGAUUUCUUUGACAAAGUUACAUCUAUAUCCGGUGUCCUUUAUCCAGUGCCGAAGGAGGAAAGACGUGCUGGCAUAAGAAGGGAGUUGGAGAAAAUUGAAAUGGAUGGAGAUGAUCUCUACCUACCUACUGCUCAUACUAAACUUGUCAGGGGUAUUCAGGUUGAUAGUGGAAUUCCUUUACAAUCAGCAGCAAAAGUUCCUAUAAUGAUCACAUUCAAUGUGGUUGAUAGGGAUGGGGAUCAAACAGAUAUAAAGCCGCAAGCUUGUAUUUUCAAGGUUGGAGAUGACUGUCGACAAGACGUUCUUGCUUUGCAAGUUAUUUCCCUUUUGAAGGACAUCUUUGAAGCAGUUGGGCUCAAUAUAUAUUUGUUUCCCUAUGGAGUACUCCCAACUGGCCCAGAGAGAGGAAUUAUUGAGGUUGUGCCCAAUACGCGCAGUAGGAGUCAGAUGGGUGAGACCACUGAUGGUGGUCUAUAUGAGAUUUUUCAACAGGAUUUCGGACCUGUUGGUUCUCCAAGCUUUGAAGCUGCUCGCGAGAACUUCCUCAUUAGCAGUGCCGGAUAUGCAGUUGCUAGCCUCUUGCUUCAACCUAAAGACAGACAUAAUGGGAAUCUUUUGUUCGACAGUGUAGGCAGGCUUGUCCACAUUGAUUUCGGUUUUAUUUUUGAAAUUUCACCCGGUGGAAAUAUGCGAUUCGAGAGUGCUCACUUCAAACUGAGUCACGAGAUGACUCAGUUACUCGAUCCAUCUGGGGUGAUGAAAAGUGACACAUGGUACCAAUUCGUACGGUUAUGUGUAAAGGGUUACCUUGCUGCACGCCGAUACAUGGAUGGAAUCAUAAACACAGUAUCACUAAUGAUGGACAGUGGAUUGCCAUGCUUUAGCAGGGGAGAUCCUAUUGGGAAUCUUCGCAAGAGAUUCCAUCCUGAGAUGAGUGAACGUGAAGCAGCCAAUUUCAUGAUUCGAACAUGCACUGAUGCAUAUAAUAAAUGGACCACUGCUGGUUACGAUUUGAUUCAGUAUUUGCAGCAAGGCAUUGAAAAAUGAGUUUGUGUAUCUCGAUUGCUCGUAUUCUUUUUUUGGGGGGGUGGUUUUUUCUGAGGGAAUUAGUCAUUUUUUUUCUCGUAAUAUUUGUUAGGGAAUGGAUCACCACUACUCUAGUUCGGAUGUGUAUGCAAUUUUUGUUUUCCAGAUAGAACAGUGAAAAUGCCAACAAGAGCUGUUUGAGUGUGUUGUGGGAUUCCUCAAUUUGUAAAAAAAAUAUAGGUUGUAGUUCGAUUUUUUGUUUUUCAAAUUUGAAACCCGUUCAAGCUACACGAUAUUUAAUACGAAGAGUAAUAUUUCCUCUCUUUUU